AUGAGUGUCUUGAAGGAUACCGCGACCGUAAAUGAAGAGGAUGCCAACCUUCUCGUGUUGAUAAUUGAUACCAAUCCGUUGGUAUGGAAGCAGUCGCAGUCAGUUUUGCCGUUGAAAGAGGCUUUACGCCACCUUUUGGUGUUCAUCAACGCUCAUUUAGCUCUAAAACAUGAUAACGAUGUUGCAAUCAUUGCAAGUCAUAUUGGUGUCAGUAAAUUCCUAUAUCCAAUACCGACAUCUGAAAAUUCUGAUAAAACGAUCUUUCCUAAUAUGUACCAAAAGUUUCGGGUGAUUGAUGAAAAAGUAAUAGCAAACAUUUGUGCAUUAUUCGAAGAUGCUGAUAUACCAGAUAAUUGUCCUGAUAAAGGUUUGUGCAUUCCCAUUGAUGUUUGCAAAGUCUACGGAAAAGACACACCGGUAUUCUUGCAACAAGCAUCGCAUAUAACUGGUGGAAAGUAUCUGAAGCUUGACAAAGCCCAAGGAUUAUUACAAUUCUUAAUGAUUGCGUUUCUACCUGAUCGGUACAACAAAAAAUACCUUUGUUUGCCAGGGGAGGAAAAAGUGGAUUUUGGGGCAGCUUGUUUCUGUCACAAAAAGAUUAUUGACGACAAAAUUGACGUUAGGGUUAGCCAAACAAAAUGGGCAGAAGAUGGGGAUCUAAAAUCAGGGCUAGUGUAUAACUCGGUGAUCAGUAACUGA